CACACACACACACACAUUUAUUUCAGUUUAAUACACUGACGCGAUUCAGACCUGACUGAUUUCAGGCCUGACGGAUUUCCUUUAUUCUCUCUCUGAAGUGUUUAAACGGCGCGACAUUGUAGCAGCUGAAAGUAAAGAGGAAGUUCGAGUAGAAACAAAGUAUCUCCUGAGAGAAAAAUCACAAGAAAAAAGAGCAGAGAAACUUUUUUUUUUUUACAGGGAGUUUUAUUGCCUCCUAUAAAGCGUGGAGCAGUGUGUGUGCAGUAGUGAAACUCGUGUGAAUGGCUUUACACGACUGAUAUUCGCGCUUUUCUACUGGAGUUUGUGAAGUUUACAGCUCAGGAAGUGAAGCUCAGACGGAUGUAUGCAGUCGACUGAAGUCUACAAGCUGGGAAACCACCACCUCCACCAGCUGCACCACCACCACAGCACUUCAGCUCAGCUCUGAAACCUGGAGAGUUCAUGGAGAGAAGUUUCUAGAGAAAAGAAAUCACAGAGGAAGGUGUUUUAAAGGUGGAUUCUACUCUACAUCUCUUCACCUUUAAACCAACAACAACAAUACUGCUGAUAAUAUAAUGGGUUCUCAAGGACCAGGACGAAAAAGAACCACCAGCAGAAAUGGGCUGACCGCUGAGGGAGAUGCUCUGAAUUUAAUUGCAAGAGAGGCUGAGAGUCGAUUGGCAGCUAAAAGAGCAGCCAGAGCAGAAGCUCGUGAGAUCCGGAUGAGGGAGCUGGAGAGACAACAGAAAGAGAUCUAUCAGGUUCAGAAGAAGUACUAUGGAUUGAAUAACACGGAGAGCAGAUGGGGGGAUAUAGAGCAGUGGAUGGAGGACAGUGAGCGCUAUACACGUCACUCACACAGACACAGCUCGCUGUCAGAUGAUGAAGAUCAGACAUCAGUGGUGAGCAGGAGCAACCAGCAGCUCUCUGAGUACAGUGGUUAUUUUGGUUCAAGUUCGAGAACAUCUUCCAGAGUGAGCUCCAGAUGUCAGAGUCCAGUGUUGGACGACCGGUUAGAAGCAAGCUACGUGGAAAAGGCCUCUUCUCGAGCGUCAGCAUUAAGCACUGCCACUCUCACAUCACUGGGAGAAACUUCACGCACAGGAAGUGGAGAGUCUUCAGUCACUGCAGAUACAGAACUUUCUCUGCGAGAGAUGAAGGAGAUUCAUGAACUUAAGGAUCAGAUACAAGAUGUUGAGUCCAAGUACGCACAAACCAUCAAAGACCUUAAGGAUUCUCUGGCUGAAAUGGAGGAGAAGUAUCGUAAGGCCAUGGUGUCCAAUGCUCAGUUUGAUAAUGAGAAGUCUAAUCUGAUGUAUCAGGUGGACACUCUGAAAGACUCUCUGAGUGAACUGGAGGAGCUGCUUUCAGAGUCUCGUCGAGAGUAUGAGGAGAGGUGUAAGGACCUGGAGAGAGAGAAGUAUUCCCACAGUGUACUGCAGUUUCAGUUCAAUGAACUGAAAGAAACACUGAAGCAAGGUGAAGAGCUACUGACUGAGAUCCGUCAGCUGCGGCUCGCGCAAGACGGCCACGUCAGGGACAUUUCUGACCUGCAGGAAACCAUUGAAUGGAAGAAUAAAAAAAUUGGGGCCUUAGAAAAGCAGAAGGAGUAUUCUGAUGCCAUCCGGAAUGAGCGAGAUGAGCUCCGGGAUGAGGUGGUUCAGCUCAGAGACAUUCUGAAGAAACAUGGCAUCGUCCUUGGACCUGACCUAAGCACUAAUAAAGAAGUGGGAGGGGAUGUUACUGAUGAACCAGCCAGCACUGAAGUGCAAGAGAAGAGCAGCAUGCUGGAGAUCCGGCUGCGGAAACUGGUGGAUGAACGCGAGAGUUUAAUAGAACAAGUGAAGAGACUUAAAGGACAACUUGAACAGAAAAAAAUGGUGCUGGACACAGAGGAUGUCUCCAGGCUCGAGGGAGAGACGAUGGAAAACGGCACAGACAAUAACGUCAUGGAUUUACAAAGAGAAGCCAACAGGCAGAUCACUGAUCUGAAAUUUAAGCUAGUGAAGUCUGAACAGGAAGUCACAGCUCUGGAACAGAAUGCCACAAGACUGGAAGGACAGGUCUCUCGAUACAAAUCUGCAGCAGAGAACGCAGAGAAAGUGGAGGACGAGCUUAAAGCUGAGAAACGCAAACUGCAGAGAGAGCUCCGGUCUGCUCUGGAUAAGAUUGAGGAGUUGAAGUCGAGUAACAGCCACUUAACCAAACGACUGGAGAAGAUGAAGGUGAAAUGAGGGGAAAUGAGCCUGUAAAAACACCUGACGUUUCACUAUUUCCCCAAGUUCUAUUACACAAUACAGCAAUAUCAACAUGAAGCACAGACAUACUGAAAAACUGAACUGUACCAUGUGUUUUCUUUAUUUUUCUGUGUUCAUCUUUGCAUUGAAAUGGAGAUUUAAGGAUGAAAGUUGUUUACGUCGGACUUGAGUGUGCAUCCUUUUUUUGCACCUGUAGCUCAAAAUGUUUAGAAAGUGUUAUUUUUAUUGGAUAAAAACUUGAAUUUAACUGUAUUGAGUAAAGAGAGAGUGGGUAAAGGUGUGGUUAAGGACGUGGUAUUGGGUCGUCUUACAUGGUGGAACCUCUGUUGAUAAUUUGCGUAAUUUUAACAUUUUCAUUUGCAGCAAGAACAGGAAAAGGCAGUGAUCAUUUCUUCAUUUUUUAAGCUUGUUCUGGCUGCUGCGCUUGCACAGAUCUCCACUUCCAGUGUGAUUCUCCCUGAUAGAACUGACGCUAAAGUACUGAAGCUAAAGCUUUAAUCUUCUGAGCUUCCUUGUGUGUUUGCCAAAUACUGUACCACUCUACCACACUAGUUUAUAUAUGUAGCUAUAUAAACAUAUACAUAUAUUAAAUGCCCCUGAAUGCAUGUGGUCUUUGUUUAAGAGACCUGUGCCUUCAGUGCAGGCAAUCUGGACACUACUAAAGUUAGUUCUCUACUGUUAAAUUAGACAAUGUCCUUAAAUGUAGGGUACAUUUUUUCACAGUGCAGAUGUCUGGAUUUAUGAGUAACUUUUAAUGAUAAAUGACCAGCACAAUCCACAAUGUCAUUAAAAACACAUGAUCUUGUUAGCACAAAUAAUUUUUUAUCAGGAGACUCCAAAGGCAAACAUAUGAAAGAACAACUUCUAAUGUAAACAUAUUUGUUACAGUUUAUCUGGAAAGAAUGUUUGAUGUAAAGUAAAAGAGUUAUGGCAUUCAUCAUGAUCAUGAUGAGAACAGUAUUUAUAAAUAUUUUAACCCUGGUAAUGGAUGCACCUGAAUUCACGGAUAAAACGAUGAGUCUGGAGAUUGAACACGCUGUAUUUAAAAUGUAUUUUUGAUAUGUUCUCACAGUUCCUGGCUGAUCCACUGUAUUUAAUGCUGCUCUGUGCUUUGAAGAACGAAUUACAGUGUAUAGAUGUAGUUUUAUAUGAACACUAACCGUGCACAAACUGCUGAAGUAGAAACUCAUCUGAUAUUCUGUUUAAAGGCGUACAGGUUUUAAUCGAGGCUUGUUUUCACCCUUUAUAUGCUGGCGAGACACUGCUCAACACUGUUUACAGAGUUUAAAUAUACUGUAAAGGGGAAUUGUAAACUUUGUGCAAUAAAAUGUUUACCAAUGCUGAA